AUGAUAGGGGAUUAGCUUUCAAGUUCUCUAAGAUAAUUUAAUUAGACCUUUCUCGAUUCGAUAAAGCAAACAGGAGAACAGCUGGAUAAAUCAAUUGCAAAUAAUGAUCAGCUUGUUCCUGAGUCAUUCUAGCAAUAAAGAUAGUAUUAUAUAAGCUAGGAUGCUUAAGAUUUGUAAAAUCUAUGUUACAAGAGAGAAGCUACAAUAAAUUCAGAGGAGAAUGAGUAAAACUAAAAAAGAAAUAAAAAUGAGUAAAAUAUAAUACUAGAUAUCUCAAGUAUAGAAGAAAGAAAUAACUAUAAUUAUGACAACAAAAAUUAUAAAAAUAAAAAAAAAAGCUAUUUCAAAUAAAUAGAAACCAUUUUAGAAAAUAAUAACGCUACUCCAUAAAUUGAUGUUGAUUAUUAAGAGCAAUAUAAUAAAGAGUAUGUUCCAAAAACAUCUCUCAGAAAGGGAAUAAAUUUUUCGAAUACGUAAAUAAUUAAUGAAAGCGCUUCUGAGUAAUGCAACAUGACGUUUUCUUAGCAGAAAAUCUAAAAAGAUGGAUUUAAGUAUUAAAAAAAAGAUAACUAAAAUGCAUUGAUUUAAGAUGAUAGAAAAUUACAAAUCUUACAAAAAAAAAAGGUCAGUGGAAAUGUAAAUAUCUUGGGACUAUAAAAACCGAAAUAAUUAAACGAUAUAUUCAGGAUAGAUAAAAUACCUGUUUUCAAUCCAGAAAGCUUAUUACUGCGUGUAAUCUAGCUGAAUACUGCUAUAUAUUAUGAUUAUAAAUAUUCUGAAUGCAGAAAAACCAUUUUUAAAGAAUAUUUUAAAUCGUAUUUCUUCUUUGAAGUAGCUCCUAUAGUUUUCUUAAAUAUGUAAGACUAAACUGCUACAAAAUAAACUAUUUUCGAUUUAAUGCUGCUAUUGAAGUUAAAAACAAUUUUAAACACAUUUAUGCAAUUAUAGUUUAGCUUUAUAUAAAAGUAAAUAAAUUAAUUGAUUUGUAAGAUCUUACUUUUGGUAUUAAAAUUGAUACUACUAGCCCACAUAUUUGCUUGCUUUUGGAGUUCGAUAUGCUAUUAUGAAAUCCAAUAAAGUGACUCUUAAAAUGUUUGGUCAAUUCAAUAAAACUACUUUGAAUAAGAUUGGAAAAAUAGAUAUGUUUCGGCAUUAUACUGGGCCUUUACAAUUUUGGCCAAUAAUUAAAUUUUUAUGCCCAGCAGUCAAAUAGAAAUGCUCUAUACUUCCUUUAGCAUUCUUAUUUCAUACAUUGUAUAUGCAUACUCAAUAUCAUCUAUUAUCAACAUAAUUAAUGAUUACAUUAAAUCAAACAAAGAAUUCCAAAAGGAUUUAAAUGCUUUGAACAAAUUUAUGAAGAGAAAAAAUAUCCAACUAGGACUUAAAAGAAGAGCUAUUGCAUAAUUAAGAGAGCAUCAUGAAACUUAAUAAAAAGUUGAUCAUUUUGAAGAGCGACAAUCAAUCUUAAAAUUAAAGGAAAACUUGAGAGAAGAAUUACUGAUUUCUGCUAACUCAUAAAUAAUCAAUAAAUUUUCUUUUUUAUCAACUAUCUUCUCCUAAGAUUGCCUAAAUUAAAUAUAAAACUAGCUCAUAGAAGUUUUAUUUAUGCCUAAUUAGAUAAUUUAUGACUAUUCUUUGAGAAAUGAUGAUUAAUAUAUAUAUUUUAUCAUAGAAGGAAAAGUAAAAUUAAUUGAAUCAUAAAUAUAAGACUAUGACUCUUAAGAUAGAUAUGAAGAUAUAAGUGGAUUUGAACAGUCAUAUGCUUAUCUUAACUUUGAUAUAAAUCAACCAAAUCAUUUGAAUUUUAGGAAUAAUUAAGAUUUUUCCCAUAAUCAUAAGAUAGAAGAUAGUGAAAAAGGAAGAAUAAUUAAAGAAGGGGAAUGCUUUGGAAUGUUUGGAUUUUUUACUGGGUUUGAGCAAAUAAAAAAAGCUUAAAGUAUAGGACAUACUUCUAUUUUAAAAAUUGGUAGAUCUACAGUGCUAAAAAUAAUUAAAAAAGAAUAAAAAAAUUAUGAAAUUUUUAAGUAAAUUGGUGAUUAAAUAUUUUUUGAGAAAAAUCUAUCAUGCCUUGGUAUUAAAUGUGUAAAUUGUAACUCAAUAGAUCAUGAUUCGAAUGAGUGUGUUUACACACGUUUUGAUAAGCUAAAUCCUUACAUAAUUUACAAGUAUAAUCAUUCUCCUUAGCAAGAGAGAGAUACUGAUUUUAAAAGAAAUGUAAAAAAUAAAACAAAAACUUAUACACUAAAAUUAAAUACAUUCGUUCAUUAAAAUUCGAAUUAAUUUAGAAUGGAAAACAAUUAAGAAAGAAUAUUUGAGCAAACUCAUAAAUCAGCUACUUCCAUUUAAGAUAUUCUAUAAUCAAACAACAACAACAAUAAUAAUAAUAGUAGCAAUGUUAAAAGAAACUCAUAGUCUGAAUAACUAGGUAAUAUUCUAAGUUCAAAACUAAAUGAAGAUAAAGAUAAUGCAGAAGAGGAAAUACAUAAUGAAUACUUAAACUUCAAAAAAGAUUCUACAUACUCAAGUUAAUCAUAAAAUUAAAGAGAAGAGUUAAGAGAAUAAACGCUUUCCUUCUACUUAAAAACAAAUUAUGACGCAGUAUCACCAAUAGAGUUUAAUAGGAACUAUUCCAACCAUGUAAAAACGCAAGAACCCUUACAGUAAGGAUCUUCUUUUGGAGGGAUUGAAUACACAGGCGAAGAUUAAUCAAGAUACUCUAUAGAAAAGAAGAUCAAAAAAAAUGUUGCCUCAAAUAUGUCUUAAAAGCUUAUUCUAGAAAAAUCAUCAAUUUACAAUUAAUUACUGCCAAAAUCAAAAUCACAAAUGCAAUUAGCCAAUGAAUUUUCAUAAAAGCAAAAAACGCAAGGCUCUAAAGAUUAUGGUUUUAAUUCAAAAACUGUUUCUCUUCUCUUACCACUCUCAAAUAUCAUAAAAAAUGUAAAUCAUAUAAAUUAAGAGUAAUAUGAGGGUGGUCCAAUCUAAAUUAACAACUAGCAAACUGAUUUAUUAUUUUCAAACGAAACAGAUACUAUUCGGAAGUUCGAUUACUACUUUAGAUAAUAUAAUUUUUAGAAUGUUAUAAAUAGAUUUAACUAGUAGCAAACCUAAAAAUCUAAAAAAAACAAUCUAAAAUCUCCUCUUGCUCUAAAAAGCUUAAAAAACGCUUCAAUAAUAAAUUGA